AUGUUCGGGAAACCAGACAAAAUGGACGUUCGGUGCCACUCGGACGCAGAGGCUGCCCGGGUCUCCAAGAACGCGCACAAGGAGAGCCGGGAGGGCAAGGGCGCGGAGGGGAACCUCCCCGCCGCCUUCCUCAAGGAGCCGCAGAGCGCCUUCUCGGCGUCGGGCGCGGCGGAAGAUUGCAGCAAAAGUAAAUCCAAUUCCUCAGCGGACCCGGACUAUUGCCGCCGGAUCCUGGUGCGAGAUGCCAAGGGAUCCAUCCGAGAGAUCAUCCUGCCCAAGGGCCUGGACCUGGACCGGCCCAAGAGGACGCGCACGUCCUUCACGGCGGAGCAGCUCUACCGGCUGGAGAUGGAGUUCCAGCGCUGCCAGUACGUGGUGGGCCGCGAGAGGACCGAGCUCGCCCGGCAGCUCAACCUCUCCGAGACCCAGGUGAAGGUCUGGUUCCAGAACCGGCGCACGAAGCAGAAGAAGGACCAGGGCAAGGACUCGGAGCUGCGAUCGGUGGUGUCGGAGACGGCGGCCACGUGCAGCGUGCUGCGGCUGCUGGAGCAGGGCCGCCUGCUGUCGCCGCCCGGCCUCCCCGCGCUGCUGCCGCCCUGCGCCACGGGCGCGCUCGGCUCGGCGCUGCGCGGGCCCAGCCUGCCUGCCCUGGGCGCGGGCGCGGGCGCCGCCGCGGGCUCGGCUGCCGCCGCCGCCGCCACCGCCCCCGGCCCCGCCAGCGCCGCGUCCCCGCACCCGCCGGCCGUGGGCGCGGCUCCGGGGCCUGGGCCCGCGGGGCCGGGGGGACUGCACGCGGGCGCGCCGGCCGCCGGCCACGGCCUCUUCAGCCUGCCCGUGCCCUCGCUGCUCGGCUCCGUCGCCGGCCGCCUGUCCUCCGCCCCGUUGACAAUGGCUGGGUCGCUGGCCGGGAAUUUGCAAGAACUGUCCGCGCGGUACCUGAGCUCCUCGGCCUUCGAGCCUUACUCGCGGACCAGCAAUAAAGAAGGGGCCGAGAAGAAAGCGCUGGACUGAUCGGAAGAGUUCCCCUGUAUUUAUAUUUAUAGUCUCUAUCGUGGUGAUAUUUAUGGACUCGCGCGAGUUAGGCGCCGGGGAUCCCGGCUCCCAGGAGGCCCCUGACAGCUCUGCUUCCCAACCAGGCUCUGCUACCAAUUUUAUCUCAUUUGGGCUGUUUUUUUUCCUACAUCCCUCUCCCCCCAAACUUCCUCUGAAUCCAGGAGAAUCCAAAGAAUUAGGGGAAAGGCCCGAGUUAGACAACCCGAUGCGCCAACCGGUGCUGGGCCCCGGAGGGGAAAGGCCGGUUCUGAGGCCGGAGCACAGCGCACCUGCUCCGGGUCCGGCCGCUGCCGCCCUUGAUGGUUAAAGUCUUGUGAAUAUUCGCAAGAGAAAAGCUGCACGCAGAGCCCAGGGGCUGGAAAAACUGGCAGGUCCCCUUAGACCAAAAAGGAGUCCAUUCCUCUCUCUCGCCAGAGAAGCCAGGGCUGUGGGGAGCCCCUGGUCCCCGCUUUGCGGACCUCUCCGGAGAGCCGGGCGCACGCGGCUCCGGGCUGGACAGAUCCUGCUGAGGUUUCUCGCGUUAAAGAAACUCCGAUCGCAGCCACCUCCUGGGCUCCCGGACCCCGGGGCAACACAUUUGACCUAAUCAGCAAUAAUCAGUGAUCACCACCGCAUCCAACCAGAGGAAGCGGAACCGGCUUUAAAAUGCUCAUCACGGAGUUUGGAAGGUCCAAGGAAACUCGGCGCGGAGAAUGCGCCACCGGGCAGUGCAAAUGAAAGUUCUGGGGGCUAACCUUGUACACCGCAACUGAAAAGGGAGAAGCAAACCGAAAAGCCCGUGCAGCCAGCGAAUGGAAGAAAAUUCAGCACCACCUUCUAGAGGCGGCUGGGCGGUGGCCUACAGCCGCGCGCCGCUCAGGGAGAGAGAGCGAGAGCGCGGCGCGGCUCCGUGGCGCUCCUCCGCACCGCCUCCCCACGCGUGGCUGUGGGCAGCAUUGCUGGGUUUGCAAACAAGUCAGUGCCCAGUGCCUCUCGUGUCCGCCCCACUCCUGGAUUCACAAAACUCUUCCGACACGGGGGAAACGCCUUGAUGGAUUUCAGAGCAGAAUUUUUUUGGAGGGAGAGGCGGGAGAGGCGGGCCGCAGCCUGGGACAGCAGCGCGGCCCAGUCUCCUCCGUCCGUGGCCCACGCGUCCAGAUGGGCAUCCUGUGUGGCUGGAAAGGAUUCCUCCCUUAACCCCCCAGGGUUUCCCUGGUCCCAAGUCAGAGACCUGGACCUUACCGGUGCCGCAGCAACAGGACAGUCCCCACAGCCACGGCUACCCGCAUUUUAACCAAAACCACAGACCCCAGUGUCGAGAAUGUAUUCCUCCACCGGAAGCCAGCCUAGAGCAUUUUAAAAAUAGUAAUUUUAUUGUAAAUUAUUUACGUCGGAAGCUUUGUUCCCUGUUUUUUUUUUUUUUAGGCAAAUUAUUUUUAGUGAAGAAAAUAAUGAGCGAUUCCAA